GAAGCCGGCCUGGUGGUCGAGCCAUCCAUAUAUAUUGUGUACGCGUGAUACAUGUACACUUCAAGACCAUAAGUACAGUACCUCCAUAGUUUAGUCGAGAGGCGGCCGGACCUCCUAUUGAGUGAUUUGUGUCCACGUUUGAAAACGUACAUGUAUCUUUCAGUAGUACACGUAUGGACACGUGAACACAUACAGUACAUUUAGCCGGCGCAAGCAAGCGCUAUCUGUAUUCGGCUAUAAGUCGCAGCUACGAGAGAAGAUUAAGAAGGUCAGGUAAUAAGUUUCUGCCUUUCUUGAUGAAUGCCGUGGGCUCAAGUUAUCACCACGCGGUGUGGCUCGAGUACAUGUCCUCAAUAGUGAACUGGUGGAAUGACCAACACUUGGUGGAUGCCUGAUUAAAGGAGAUGCUGGGUGUAAGAAUUGCUCUUGGGGGAUGCCGCGGCCGGGAAGCCAUCCAUUACUUGACAAAGGCAUGGUGCUGGCUGCCCGGUAAGCCUGCCAUGACUAAGCAUCCAAACUGGGUCCCUUGUGUCAGCCCAAGCAGGCUCCGCAGCUACUCUAGUUCGACCAGUCCAGCUGUAGAAGCUGACAUGCACAAGACAAGUCCUGUUUGUUCAUACAAUGAGUGGGAUCCUCUGGAAGAGGUCAUCGUGGGGCGGGUGGAGGGGGCCAUAGUGCCUCAGUUUAGCGUGGAAGUUAAGGCCAACACCAACCAUCAGCACUGGGGAUUUUUCCAGCAAUUAGGUGGCCAGCCCUUUCCCCCUGAGCACCUUGAGAGGGCCAAGGCUGAGAUUGAAGAGCUGUGCAAUGUCCUCAAGCAUGAGGGCGUUACUGUCCGACGCCCCAAGCAGGUGGACUUCCAGAAAGAGUACUCCACACCCGACUUUACAUCCACUGGCAUGUAUGCUGCCAUGCCUCGAGACAUUUUGUUAGUCAUAGGCGAUGAGAUCAUAGAGAGUCCGAUGGCAUGGCGUUCUCGCUUUUUCGAGUACCGGGCCUAUCGGCCGCUGAUGAAAGAGUACUUCAGGGCCGGAGCAAAAUGGACCACUGCACCAAAGCCACAAAUGAGUGAUGCCCUCUACGAUAUGAACUAUCCCAUGAACUGUAAGAAUGAGCGCAGCAUGCUGGCAGCCAGCGGCAGAUUUGUGACGACGGAGUUUGAGCCAUGCUUUGACGCUGCCGACUUCAUUCGGGCCGGCAGAGACAUAUUUUGCCAGCGGAGUCAGGUUACCAAUCUGAUGGGGAUCGAAUGGCUGCAGCGCCACCUCGGCAGUGAGUACACCAUCCACCAACUUUCCUUUGAUGAUCCCAACCCGAUGCAUAUCGACGCUACGUUCAACAUCAUUGGGCCCGGCCUGGUGGUGGUCAACCCUGAACGGCCGUGCCACCAGCUGAACAUGUUCAAAAGGGCUGGCUGGGACAUUGUGACUGCACCUAAGCCCUGUAUUCCCGAUGACCAUCCCCUGUGGAUGUCCUCCAAGUGGUUGUCCAUGAAUGUCUUGAUGCUGGACCCCAAACGAGUUGUGGUGGACAAGAGCGAGGGGCCAACCCAGCAGAUGUUUGAGCGUCUGGGCAUCAAGUGCAUCCGUGUCUCCAUCCGCUUUGCCAACUCGCUGGGUGGUGGCUUCCACUGCUGGACAAGUGACGUACGCCGGCGGGGGACCCUGGAGUCAUACUUCUGAGUUCUAUAAUGCCAUUUGUUUUGUUGAUUUCGGAAUGCAAAAUUGAGCUUUUUGCAUCUUUAUCAUUUAUAUAUUGGAUGUUGCUUUCCUAUUCGCAUAAUUUUAGACGGUGUAACUUUGGGUAGGAGGGUAAAAUUGCUGUCUGGAGAGGCAAGCUGAUAUAUCAGUCAUCUUCAUUAGAAAAUAAUGUUUCCAGCUGUGGAUAAUGUGCCUUUCAUAAAAACUAACAACACGGUACCUAUAUUUCCUUCUCUUUAUAAUCAAACAGCAGACCUGUGUACAGAAACAUGUGCAUGUAAUUUCUUUUCUAGGCAAAAUAAGAAAAAUGUUGAUUUGCAAAUGAAUGAUUUGCAUAUACUGGUACGUGUACUGUCAGUCUUUAGACACAAAUGUGAUCAUUGUGGCAUUGUGUACAGUGGCAUACAAACGUGUUCAUGAAACUCUGACAAAAGCAAACACCAUAAUUUUCGAAAAUAAAGUUACAGUGUAAGAGUAGUUAUCAGGAAAAGGACUCUACCCAAAAAGUAAACUCAUUCCAGGGAGCAACCUUGAAAUGAGAGCAAAGUGCUGAUACAGUUUACUUCUUGUUGGGAUGAUGGGAUGCUUCUGGGUGUUUGGCUUUGCUGUUUUUCCUUUGGUGCAUGUACACGUAUAAAAAGAUAUGAUUAUUAUAUAUGGUUUAGUGGACACUCUGUUUAUGCUGUUUGUGCAUCGUGGCUCAGAGGCCAAAUUGCAGGUGGGGUGCAAAAGGGAAAAGUAUGACAAUUACACUUUAAUAUAUACAAAUUAAUCAAUUUUCAAUUAAUCUUUCCCCAAUGAUUCCUGAUUGGAAGUUCAAUUUGGUUAUACAUGUAUUAUGUCGGUUUUACUGCACACCAUUUGUACAGAUACAUGUACAUUGUAUUCAUAAUUCGGUACCCAAUUCUCUUGAUAAAAGUCAAACAAAAUUAUGGGCGUGUACAUGUACAUGUCACUCAAGAAGAUGCUGUCAGUUAUAGUUUGUUCAUUUUAUCUUACAUUAAAAAAAUAACUCUCAUCAUAUAAGAUAAUUUGUGAUGCUUUUCAAUGCUGCAUGACCUACUGGGUUUGCCAGUUUUUUUAUUAAAGAAACCUGUUUUGUUACAAGUUUUGAAAAUGCAUCUUUAAAAUGAAACAUGUAUUUCUUAAAUUGUAUCUUAGCUUGUGUAAACAUUAAAAUAAAGCUGCUUAGUGGGACAGUGGGCACUAUAACAUUAAAAUUCUUGGAACUUUUCCGAGCUCA